AAUGUCGACAUCCGACUUUUCUGACAGUGACAUUGACACCGAACCUAUUGACGAAAUAUUUUCGGAAGCAGCAGAACAUUUACAAAAAAUUCACAACACACUCGAGUCCACAGACCUUUUAGAAAUCUAUGGUUUAUACAAGCAAGCAACUUGUGGUCGAUGUAACACGCCAAAGCCGAGCGUAUUUAAUAUGCAAAGUAGGAGCAAAUGGUGCGCAUGGAAUGAUUUGGCUGAUAUGUCUUGCACAGAAGCAAAAAAAUUAUAUAUUACAAAAGUUAAAGCGGUUGACAGUAAUUGGAUACCAAAUUACGAAAGCACCAGCAAACGCAAAACUCCAUCUAGUUGGGUAGUACAUUCCAUUCCACAAAAACAUGAAGAAAUCGAUCAAAAAGAGGAACACGAAAAAAAUGCCUUUGACUAUAUUAAAGAAUUAAAUUUCAUUCAACUGCAAAAAUCAUUAACGGUAGAAAUUAUGGAUCACCUUGACGAAAAUGGAAUGGGUCUUAUACAUUGGGCCACUGACCGUAAUGCUGUCGAAAUACUAAAAUAUUUAAUAGAUAAUGGCGUCGAUGUCAACCUACGCGAUUCAGAGCAACAGACAGCUUUGCAUUAUGCUGCCAGUUGCGGUCAUGUCGACUGUAUUCGUAUACUACUAGAUGCUAAUGCGGAUCCAGCUAUUAAAGACGCAGACGGACAAUCGAGUCUCGAUGUGGCCGAUAAUAAUGAUAUUUACGAAUUACUUAAAACCUGAUUGAGAUCCAUAUAAAUUACAUAUACAUAUUAUUUUCUUACCUGUAACUUUCGUUAAUAAAGGUUUAAACUAUUUAUAUUAAAAUUAUAAUGAA